AUAGAACUACAACUCCCAUCAGGCUGCGGGGCACGCCUCCGGAAGCGCCCAGGCCCCGCCUCUAGCCUAUCCCUCCCCUGGCGCCUGUGGUUCCGCCUUAGCCUGGCCUCCUCCGGGACCUCGGAGGCGACUAGGUGUGCAAGGGAAGCAGGUGAUCACAUCUGACAGCAAAAAGUGCGACCCUGGGGAUCUGUAUGGCUGCCUUAUGAAAUGAAAUCUGAAUCCCUUAGAGUGGUGUACAAGGUCCUGAUGAGGAUGAAUGUGCUUUUGAGAAAUCGCCUCUCAUGUCUGACGCUCAUGACGGUGCCUCACAGAUGCCAGAGUGGUUCCCCGCCAGCUGUCCCCCUGGGAUCAAGGAUUUUAACUGACCCAGCCCGAGUGUUUGAACACAAUAUGUGGGAUCACGUGCAGUGGUCUGAAGAAGAAGAAGCAAUGGCCAGAAGAAGAGUAGAGCAAAACUCAGCAGUGCGAGUCCUGCUGGACGAACAAGUUAAAUAUGAGAGUGAAGCUAGCAAAUACUGGGAUACAUUUUACAAGGUUCACAAGAAUAAAUUUUUCAAGGAUCGUAAUUGGCUGUUGAGGGAAUUUCCUGAAAUUCUUCCGGUUGAUGGAAAAGCUGAAGAAGAGACCAAAGAAUCGUCUUGGGCUUGCCUAAAAGCGAAUUCUGCAAAUUGCUUCCCAGCAAUGCACUGCCCUACUAUGCCUGAAGGAAGAACUCAGUAUAAGGAGAGUUAUGGCUCAGCAGAUGGUCAAAGCGAAGGAGGACCUCAUUCUUCCCAUCUGAACUCUGAAUACCACAGAGAAAAUUGUUUGAAGGCCAAGUUAUUUCCUGGGAGCAAUGCCACCUUCAGAAUACUAGAGGUUGGCUGUGGUGCUGGAAAUAGUGUGUUCCCAAUUCUGGACACCUUACGAAACACUCCGGAGUCCUUCCUUUACUGUUGUGACUUUGCCCCUGGAGCUGUGGAGCUUGUAAAGUCGCACUCGUCCUACAGAGCCGCCCAGUGCUGUGCUUUUGUUCACGACGUGUGUGACGAGAGCUCACCUUUCCCCUUCCCCGAUGGGAUCCUGGAUGUCGUCCUCCUCAUCUUUGUGCUCUCUGCUGUUCAUCCUGACACGAUGCAAAGUGUUGUCAACCGAUUGGUCAAGCUGUUGAAACCUGGGGGAAUGCUGUUGUUUCGGGACUAUGGAAGAUAUGACAAGACCCAGCUUCGUUUUAAAAAGGGACACUGUUUAUCUGAAAAUUUCUAUGUUCGAGGAGAUGGUACCAGAGCAUAUUUCUUUACAAAAGGGGAAGUCCACAGUAUGUUCUGCAAGGCCGGGUUAGAUGAAAAGCAAAAUCUGGUUGAUCGUCGCUUACAAGUUAAUAGGAAAAAACAAGUGAAAAUGCACCGAGUGUGGGUUCAAGGAAAAUUUCAGAAACCAUUGCACUGGACUCAAAAAUAGCUCUAAAUUCAUGUUUUCGUCCUUCCUUGUGACUCAACUAUGUACCCUGUUAAGGGACAAAAACCAGAGGACUGUAAUCUUCAAAGACUUCAAAUGUUUCCUUUUGUUAAAGCUAAUCAGUAGAAGAGGAUUUGUGUUUCCUGAUCUUUUAUCAUUGGUGAACUCUUUUGUGCAUUUCAAGCACAUGUUUCAAAGAGUAUACCAUCUUCUUUGUUUUCAACAGUUGACAGGCCCACGCUUGUUUGGGUUUAUUGCAUAUAAUUAUUUGUUUAUUGAAUUUUAUAAUAAUUAUUAAAUUACUGACAAGUCAGAUAACUUUAAGAAAUGAUAACUUUCUGUUUUUUUAGAGGUGGAAAGCUCAUCUACCUUAAUUAUCCAUUGGACUUAGUAAACCAUUUCCCAAACAGUCCCCAUUUGUGCUUUAUCGGGUGGCAUAACCUGCGUGCCUUGUUUCCGGGGAAAGCUACAAGAUCAGGGAAAGCCCAAGAUCCAGGCACAUUGUUUUUCUGUCAUGUUGUCUGUUUAAAUGCUGAGGCUGAUGUCUAUAAUACAAUUUUAGUUUCUCUUUCCUCCCUAAAAAUGGGGAAGUGUGGCCCUUUGUUCACAGUACUUUGGGGCUAUUAUUAGAUGUACAAGUUGCUAUAAGCUGUUUUUUUUUUUUUAA